GUCACCCUACAUGUAUCUUUCCUUUGUAUAUAAAGGUCCCCGAGACUCACUUAACAGUUGACUCGUUCGCAUUUCUCAUUCGAAUCUGUCUACUACACUUCACGCAAUGUCUACUCCUACUUCCAAUGAGGUGCACCGCACCAAUGCGCCAUUGGAUAUCUUGUUCCUCCAAGACGCUACAGAGACUCAACAACCCUACAUCGACACUGCACGCAACGAGAUCAAACAGAUUUGUAACACCCUUUUAUCCGGGGGGAAAUUCGCCCCGCAAGACAUCAGAUUCGGUCUUGUGGCCUUCCGCGACCACCCUCCUCAAGAGGACAGCUUUGUUACACAAGAAUACCCCUUCACGUCUGACGUUGCAAGUUUUGCGUCUGACUUGGCCAGCUUAACCGCGGAAGGCGGUGGAGAUGAACCCGAUUGUCAAGGCGAUGCUUUGGUCGCUGCCUACAAGGCUGACUGGAGGGACGAAGCGACAAAGGUUGUUGUGCUGGUUACUGAUUCACUCCCGCAUGGAGUCAGACCCAUGAACAACGACGGCGACGGCUUCCCUCUAGGGUGUCCACUUCAACAUGACCCGCUCAGUAUUGCGACGAGCAUGGGAAAGGCUGGCAUCACUCUGUAUGUGAUUGCGUGCGAGCCUACUUUGAGCCAGAAUUAUGGGAGAGCGCGCGGUUUCUACCAAGGAUUGGCGAAGAGAACGGGAGGGAAAAUGGUCGAUCUGAGCGAUCUGAGCGUGUUGCCCACUCUCAUCGCUGGUUCUGCUCUAGAAGCAGUCGACAGCGAGCUUUACGUUACAAAGCAUCGGGCUGAAGUUCGCAGCAUCGCGGACAAGGAGAAUAUCAACGUCAACGAGAUUUCGUUGAGGCUACACAAGGACUUGGUGGCUGCAGGCGUGCAGCACAGCACUCUUGUCGUCGAUAACGUGUACCACAAGAACUUCGAGGCUGCAGGCGUCCAACAGAGCACCCUCGUUGUCGAUACCGUACGCGAACAGCAAGACCAGCAUGUCGACACGUGGUUUAAUGCUGAGAAUCUUGGCGAAGGGAGGAACAAGAUCCAGCAGGUUGGAGGCGAUCGUGUUGUCGAAAAUUACCAGGCCAAUGUGGUGGUGGCGGAACAAUCAGCUGCUGUGGAGACGCAGCCGAUCAGCUUGGCUCAGGUCGAGACUGUCGUUCACAAGUGUCUUGUGAGAGCAUUAUGAAUGUUGUUUUCGCGGAUAUGUACUAGUAUUACCCGGCUGGAAAAAUGUAACAUCAUGACGAUUUUCACUAGUUGCCGGUAUUAAGCUCUAAAUCCAACAACAAAGGGAAUAUUAUGGGCGCUAAAACUUU